GAUCCUUCGGAGUCCGGACUCAUGUAAGUGCUGUGCUACUGAUCUUGGGCAUAUUCCUUCAAGAGGUUCCAUCUGGUUCUGAAAAUUAUGAUGAUCUAUUGAGGACUUGCCUCUAUUUUUAUCUCUACCUUCGACCACCAUGACUAUUGCUAGUGCCUUCGCCGCUGGCGUCAGAAUACGCACUCUUGUUUUCCUUUUCUGUUUCGUGAGUCAAUAAUUGAGUUCUUCCUUCCUUUCUCAACUCGUGUUAGAAUGCUUUGCUGUACAUGUCAUUUUCAGUCUUGCAGGAUGACUUGCGCGCGCUCGCUUCCUACCAUUUGUACUCAUCCUCCUCAGCAAACGUAACAUCUAAUGUCACCGGAAGCGACACGAUCGCGUCUAAUAUCGUCGAAAAUGACGAUUCUAUCACACUCGCGCCGGAUCUUUCGUCUGAGCCUCAAUUUUCAAGAAAGGCAAACGCGACCCUCGUCUUUCUCGCCCGAAAUUCUGACCUCCAGGGCGUGUUGAAAAGCAUGGAGAGCGUAGAGACGCAUUUCAAUCAACGAUUUGGAUACCCGUGGAUCUUUCUAAAUGAAGAUGAAUUCACGAAUGAGUUCAAAGAGAGCGUGCAGUUAAGAACCAACGCCUCUGUUCAAUUCGGAGUGAUACCUUCCCGGCAUUGGUAUCAGCCGGAUUGGAUAGACGAAGGCAAAGCCGAGCAAGCUCGUAAUGCCUUGAAAGCGGCGGGUGUCAUUUAUGCUGACAGUGUAUCAUACCGGAAUAUGUGUAGAUUCAAUUCUGGGUUCUUUUUUCAUCAUCCACUCCUUCAACAAUACCGAUAUUACUGGCGUAUUGAGCCUGACGUCGAUUAUUUUUGUCAGCUACAGUAUGAUCCUUUCGAUUAUCUCAAGGAUAAUAAUAAGACAUAUGGAUUUACCAUUGCACUCGAGGAGUUGGGGCAAACUGUGACGACAUUAUGGCAGGCUGUGAAAGAAUUUAUGGAGCAAUGUCCGGAAUACAUCCAUCCAAAUAACGCCUUGGCAUUUCUGAGUGACAAUGGAGGGGAGUCGUUUAACCUAUGCCAUUUUUGGAGCAACUUUGAGAUUGCAGAUAUGGACUUUUGGCGUGGGGAGGCUUAUACCAAGUUCUUCGAAUACCUAGACUCGAAAGGUGGAUUUUAUUAUGAGCGAUGGGGAGAUGCUCCGAUCCAUUCCAUCGCUGCCGCUCUCUUCUUGGACAAAACCCAACUGCAUUUCUUCAAUGACAUUGGUUAUCAGCACUCCAGCAUAAUGCACUGUCCUCAACAACCAGCUUUCCUGACAGGUUCUUGCACCUGUAAUCGGGUAUUGUCUAUAGAUUAUAGACGUUACUCAUGUCUACCCCGGUAUAACAAGAUGCUCAAUGGAAAAUGGUGACGAAUGUUGAUCGGUCAUUAGCACAAGCGUACAUUCUAUUCUUCUUCAAUCGCAAGGUCCGCAGCCUCCUUGAAAGCUGGCUUACCGGAUGCUCGACAUCGUACAUGGACUGCGGCACAUAGCUUGCUUUGUAUACUCUCAUUAUUAUCUUUACCUUCUUGUAAUACGGUCAGACAUAUACUAUCCCUACUACUGUACGAUUUAUAUAUCGCCUGAUAGCUACAUAUACUUCCAAGCACUGUAUCAAAUAGAAAAUAUCGUUGUCCGCUCCAGGAAAUAUCCAUGUCCAAAAACGUGAUCGGAUAAGUGAAGGUUGGUCCGUGCGCAGCUUGCCAAAGUAUAAAAACCUCUCGCUAACACU